AUGAUUUUAACUCAAAUGAAUUUAACUUCUUUGAUUUAGAAUGUAAAAUUAAAUUAUCAUAAAUAAUUUUGUACAAUAAAUAUUUGUUACGCAUUAUUCAGUUUACAACAUCAAUCAAUAAUAUUUUUUAUAUUAAUUUUCACUCACUUAUUCAUAAAAUAAGUAUACUAAUUCAAUCAUCAUUUUAUAUGUAUAAUCUAUUUUAGAAAACAUAGGAAUACUAUUACUUUGCAUUUUAAAAAUUUUUAAAAACAACAUUUCUUAAAAAAUUUUGAUUAUUUUUUUUAUUAUAUCAAUAUUACUUAGAACAGCUUUGUUUAAAUGAAUAUAUAAACUCAGCAGAUCACAAUUACAAGUGAAAAAGUUUUAAAAACUUAAGGAGACAGUUCAGAAAAUGUGAUACCUGAUUCUGACUAAGAAGAAAAUUUGUAGAGUCCUUUUUAUAAGGGAAUACCAUCCUCAUAAUCCAAACCUUUCAAACAUAUACGAUUUAGUGGAACUAACUAAAUAUGUUAUAUUCCUAGAAAGGGCAAAAAAGAUCUCUCCCCAUCACCGACUAGAAAAAGUUCCUAAUCAAUUCAAUCAAUACUCAAAAAUAAAGACAGAGUAAAUAAAUGA